AUCUAUCAGCUGUUUAUUAGGAACGUAGGCUACCAGCGGACUUCAUUCAGCGCGAUUCAGCGACUACAAGAGAAUAUCUGUUUUUGAAAAGGAUUAUACACAUACUUGACUGUAAUAAGAAAUUAUCUUUAAACAAUCGACUACCCCGUUACGGACAAGAUUUCCGAAGUUUGACACUAUGGGUCUGAUCAUCAAAUUCAUGAACGGGCAAACUAUUAGUUUGUCAGUGGAACUGAAUACAACCGUCGAUCAGCUGAAGAAAGAGAUUGAAAUAAAACAAGGCACACCUAGCGCCAGGCAGCGCCUAUCUGUACAGAAUGGGCAGAGAACAGACCUGACUGAUGGGUCCAGAACACUGGCGGAGUAUGGAGUGCGCUCGGGGUCUACAGUUAUCGUGCUGGUAACUGAGCCUGCUUCCAUACAAACCCAGUCUGCUCCCAUACAGGUGUUCCUGAAGAGAGAAAAGGAUGCGAUGCAUACUUAUGAAAUCGCUCCCGGUGAGACGGUGUUGGAGUUCAAGAAGAAGGUCUUCAAUAAGGAGCACGUCCCUGUUGACCAACAAAGGCUGAUCUACGGGGGAAGGCAGAUGGAAGACCACAAGAAACUGGAGGACUAUGGUGUUAAGAAACAGAGCACCAUCUUUCUCACUCUGCGUCUGAGAGGAGGCUAACAAUGAGGAAGGAAUGAUUUUGCUAAAGCAUUAAUCAAAAAUGCUGCAGUUUUAAUAACAUUUAAUCAGUCUGGUAGAAAUAGGCCUAAUGACAGUUUAGUCAACACAUUUAACAGUUCAUAGUUAUUUAUUACUUAAUAUGAAAUAAUGUAAAAAUAUAAUUUGGGAAAAAUUUUGUCGAUUUAGUAUUAAAUGUGUGUUCUGUGGAAAUUUACCAACUUUGGAUGUAAGCAAACAGAUCAAUAAUACUGCAUUAAUAUUAGGUUAUGGUAUUCAGUACUUGCUUACAUUGUUUGUUGUUAUUCUUUGUGAUGCACCACCAUCAUAUUGGCAAUGUUUGUUGUGUGCCUUAGAAAGUUUACUUACUUAGGCCUUCUAUGGCGGCUAGGUUUCUUUUUCUGAAGGAAAAUGAAUAAAAUUGAUAUAUUUCUUUUAUAUUGUACAA